ACCGACGAAAUUAAGAUAAUCACCAGUGAUCGGCAGAGCAACUGGUUUGUACGGCCUCUUUGUUGGAACAUAGAGAAAGGCUACUCGUGCAAUUUCUACGAGCAAUCGUUGAGCGGUCACGGUCGUUUGAUUGGCCAAUACGAGGGCUUCAGUGAGGGCUGGUUUACCAGCGAGUAUGCAGCAUAUUAUAAAUGCUGGGUCACU